AUGUUACGAAUCCGAAGUCUUCUCGAGAAGCAAAAUAAUAAUAGUAAUAGAUCGGUAUUAGAACAGCAAACUCGUCCUCGAUUUCCACCAAAGCAAAAGAACUCUGCAAAUGAAGAUACACAAUCAUUUCCGCUCCAAUCUUGUUUUAAUUUAAGUAAGGCUUCGAGGCGACUUCAGGCAAAGAAUUUAUUUCUUAAUGAUAGAAUUAAUCGCAACCAGAAAGUGGUUCAACAACAUUGUACUAAUGUUAACGAUUCUACAAAAUUUUCCGCAUUGACAAAGACUAUGAUUGAGGAAGAGUACCCUUUCUCUAAGAAAGCUUACAUCCUUAUCGAAAAAUUGAAUCUGGAGCAAAGAAUCCGUGAUAAAGGUUGUGAAAUUUCUUUCGCAUUUAGAGAGGGUAAAGAUGGAGGUUUAUUGAGUGCAAGAAUGAUCGAUGGCAAUCAAAGUUCUAUCUUGAAGGAAUUAAUGAAUUUUUUCAACUGGGUCGAUUCUAGAGAAGAUUUAUCUGAUAGACUAUGCAAUUAUCUUGCUAUAAAAACAGAUACGACUGAAACUCUUAAUAAGGAAUGGAGCGAUCAAAAUAUUGAUGCCGUUAUCGUCCCUACUGAAGAGAAUACUUGCAUAUCUAUCAUUGCUAAGAAUAUGGCAGUAUAUAACAGAGUUAAAGCCUUGCUAUUGCAAUUCUUCUGUACUAAAACAACAAAAUUUACUGGUGAAAAUCUCUCCUUUCCAAAAGACACCCGUUUACUCCUUUCUAGUAUUGAAGAAGAUGUUCCCGGAUGCAGCAAUAUCCUACUAGAAGCUAAUGUGGAUAAAGAUGCGAAUAAUUAUAUCAUAACAGCAAUGGGUCCUCGUAAUAUUGUUAAAGAUGUUAUUCAAGCUAUAGAAGCUAAAAUAGAAGAUUAUAAAUUAAUCAAAUUCGUUAUUAGCGAUAUUUCAGUUUUGAAAACGGAAUACUUACGAAUGUAUUUACAUGGUGAUAUCCGGUCUUUAGAAACGAAAUACGACUGUCAAAUUGAGAUCGAAGAAAAAUUAGGAAGUGAUUCUUGGUGUGUGGACCUACGUAAAAAUUUUUCUAUCGAGUGUUGCCACAUUCAUAAAACUACUAUUAGCAACAAAGUUCAAGCUCUGUUACAAAAUAUUACUACGGAAGAAGGAGGUCGGAUUAGUAAAUAUUCGUAUAUUGGGCGAUUGUUUAGUAAUAGCAAACAUAAAGCCAAAUUAGAGCGCCUACAAGGAGAACUACAAUGCUUGAUUGCCAUGACUGAUGAUAAUGACGAAAGUAAUGAAAGUAAGUCUAUGAUUGAAAAGUCUAUAAUGAUUGAUCAGAAAGAGGUUCUGCAAACAGCUAAACAAGAGGAAGUAACCGCGACUAAAAGUGCUGCCGUUAGUGAUGUAGCUGAAUCGGUUUCGCAAACAAGUAGCGUUGAAAGGCAAAUUAAUAAUGUUGUUAUUAAAUUGUUACAAGGAAGACUUGAACGAGAAGGUGCAGCUACUGCUGAUGUUAUUGUCAGUUCCAUGAGUUUGAAUAAUUUUUCAGAAGGUAGAAUUGCCGGAGCAUUAUCAGCUGCUGGAGGAGCAGCGUAUCAGAAAGAAUGUGUUAGUCAGUUGCAAUCGCUAACAAUUAAUGGUAUUGGCUGUACAAGUGGGCAGUAUUUUGGUUGCAAGAAGGUAUAUCACAUUGCAUUUUUAAGCUCCAAUAAAGCAAUAUCGUGGCUUAGCCAACGUAUUAAAGAUUGCUUAAAAAAAGCUGAUAAUGAAUCCAUGCAAUCAAUAGCCAUACCUAUCAUCGGCACCGGAAGUAUUAAUUUAAAUAUCGAUGAAGUUACCAAGGAAAUGAUAAAAGUAGCAAUAGACUUUGCUCAUAAGCAUACAGGAAGCCUACGAGAAAUCUAUUCUAUCGUCUUUCCUACUGACUUAAACGUUUAUAGUGCUAUGAAGCAAUCGCUAGAAUCGAGUAAAGUACUAGAAGUGCAACUUAAACAGCAAGCUGAACUCGUUAAGAAGUUAACAAAAUCGACCGGAAAUACCCCUACGCAUGUAAAUCUUAGUGGUACAAAGAAGCUAUUAUUUUCAGCUCGAUGCGAAGUCACUGAAACACCUAUUUGUAUUAAUAUUUAUGAUGGCAAUAUUCAUGAUGUAGCUGCAGAUGCUAUCGUUGAUAUAACAUCUUUAUGCCCUAAGCAUUCGAAAAUUGAUUCUCAUUUAGACUUUAUUCACUAUAACGAUGCUGAGCAUACAUCACAAACUUUGCGAAAACUCUCUUCUAAAUCGUGUUCAAGUAUAUAUCAAGUUUGUCCUUACGGUUGCUUAUCUGGCUUUAGUACUAUAUUAGCAAUCAUUAAUGCCCGUGAAGAAAAAUCGAUCGCGAUUCCGUUGUUAAGUCAUGAAAUGGAUUUCACUCAUGUUUAUAGCUUAAUAGAUACUAUAGAGAUAUUUAUAGCUAAUAAUCUAAAUCGAAGUCGAGAAUUCGCAAGCUGGAUGCAAAUUGUAAUCGUCGAUAAGCCUUUACAGUUUGGGUGGCAAAUUACUCAACACGUAGCAGUUAAAGAACUUGGUUUUAAUGUAACUUAUGUCGCUAAAGAUAAAUCUAUCAUUACUAAGAUGGAAUCAGAAAUGGAAGAACUUACAGAUGCUUGGAAGUGUCAUAAGUUGACAGAAGAAGAUUAUUUUGAUUCAGUAGAUGAAAGUAGUUGGUCUGAGCUUGCGUUACAAUUUUGGUCAGAAUAUAACACAAUGUUAGUAAGGCAAGAUCAAGAUAAACUUGUAUGCAUACAUGGGUUCGAGAACGAUAUACUGAAUGCUGUUUCAAGUAUUCAUAAGCUAAGUAAAACUUACUUUGAAGAGAAAGCUCAGAAUGAAGUAGAGAAAGUUAUAGCCGAAACAGCUAAAUGGUAUGUCGAAGUUGAAAAAUCUAAGGUUUACUUUGAAGUAAAGCUAAAUUACGAAAUCGAAAAAAGCUAUAAGAUUUACUGUAGAGAUAAGACGAUGAAGAUUUUUCAAGUCGAUGCAGGAAAUAGAACGAUCGAUUUUGGCCAAAUGAAGGUCAGGGAUACUGACGCAAAAGAGUAUCCCAUAGGGAAAUUAUCCGCAGAAGCAUUUGCUAUACCUCCUAGCUGGGAAUACGAAAAUCAAGACGAAAUUAAAGAUGGUUACUUUCACAUAGCCGAUGUUAAAAAUCAAGAGGAAAUAAAUGAGAUAUCUAGCGUUCCGGGAUUGAGCGGAUUGAAUCGAUCUAUCGCUGAUAAUAAAUCCAGUUAUUUGGAUUUAUAA